CGGGGCCGGUAGCGGCGGGAGCUGCGCUGGCCAGGGGUUCCGGCUGUAUUUCCAUGAACGCCGCCGGCAGCUACGGAGCUGCAGGAACCCGACCAGGGGCGAGCUGGGCCGCUGUAGUCAACCACGCCGAGCUUUUAGGUUAAUUUGAAUAAGAAAUCUGACCUGAGCGGCCCAGCUGUACAACUCUUCAAGGACACUUAAUAUUCGCAGUAGACAGGAACAAGGGACAUAGAUCAAGAUGAAUGCCAUGCUGGAGACCCCUGAGCUCCCGGCCGUGUUUGACGGGGUGAAGUUGGCUGCAGUGGCUGCCGUCCUGUAUGUGAUUGUCCGGUGUUUGAAUCUGAAGAGCCCCACAGCCCCGCCUGACCUCUACUUCCAGGACUCGGGGCUCUCGCGCUUUCUGCUCAAGUCCUGUCCUCUCCUGACCAAAGAAUACAUUCCGCCGUUGAUCUGGGGGAAAAGCGGACACAUCCAGACAGCCUUGUAUGGGAAGAUGGGAAGGGUGAGGUCACCACACCCGUAUGGGCACCGGAAGUUCAUCACCAUGUCCGAUGGAGCCACUUCGACCUUCGACCUCUUCGAGCCCUUGGCUGAGCACUGUGUUGGAGAUGACAUCACCAUGGUCAUCUGCCCUGGAAUUGCCAAUCACAGUGAAAAGCAGUACAUUCGAACCUUUGUCGACUAUGCCCAGAAAAAUGGCUACCGUUGCGCCGUGCUGAACCACCUGGGCGCCCUGCCCAACAUUGAGCUGACCUCGCCCCGCAUGUUCACCUACGGUUGUACCUGGGAAUUCGGAGCCAUGGUAAACUACAUCAGGAAGACGUACCCCAUGUCUCAGCUGGUCGUCGUGGGCUUUAGCCUGGGCGGUAACAUCGUGUGUAAAUACCUGGGGGAGACUCAAGCCAACCAAGAAAAGGUCCUGUGCUGUGUCAGCGUGUGCCAGGGCUACAGUGCGCUGAGGGCCCAGGAGACCUUCAUGCAGUGGGAUCAGUGCCGACGCUUCUACAACUUCCUCAUGGCUGACAACAUGAAGAAGAUCAUCCUCUCACACAGACAAGCUCUUUUUGGAGACCAUGUAAAGAAACCCCAGAGCCUGGAGGACUCGGACUUGAGCCGUCUCUACACCGCCACAUCCUUGAUGCAGAUUGACGACAACGUGAUGAGGAAGUUUCAUGGCUACAACUCCCUGAAGGAAUAUUACGAGGAAGAAAGCUGCAUGAGAUACCUGCACAGGAUUUAUGUGCCUCUCAUGCUGGUUAAUGCAGCUGAUGACCCCUUGGUGCAUGAAAGUCUUCUAACCAUUCCAAAAUCUCUUUCAGAGAAACGGGAGAACGUCAUGUUUGUGCUUCCCCUGCACGGGGGCCACCUGGGCUUCUUUGAGGGUUCCGUGCUGUUCCCCGAACCCCUGACGUGGAUGGAUAAGCUGGUGGUGGAGUACGCCAAUGCCAUUUGCCAGUGGGAACGGAGCAAGUUACAGUGCUCUGACACGGAGCAGAUGGAGGCGGACCCAGAGUGAGGCCUCCCGGACUCGGGCGCGCUCCAGAAGCCCUUCUCUGGAACCCGCGUCCCUCAUUGGCUGCUUCAGGUCCCCCUCUCCCUCAGUGACCUGGAUCUCACCUCACACCAUCAGCGGGGGCCACCGCCAGGCACGCCUGCCUUGGAGUGGGCAGCUAUCCCUGGGAGCUCCAGGCUAUUUUUGUGCUUAGUUACUGGUUUUCUCCACUGCGUUGUUAGCCAUGGUGACAAGUGACAGGCUUCUCACUCUCCUGUCCAGUUUCAGCAUCAUUAUGAUUGCUUUUAAGCCAGUGACGUCUAGUUUCCCUAUUAAAAAUGUGUCCGAGCAGCAGUUUUGCUUUGCCAAUCAAAAGGCUUUUCCCCAAGAACAGUGAAGGAUGCCUGUUUGUUCGUGGUGGUCGUAUGUGUCCUUACACAGACCGACCGGGAAAAUUGCUCAC